CGCCCCUCCACCACUGCUGCUACCAACACUGCCGCCAUUAUCGCCGUCCUCAGCGAUCAAUCCCUCUAAUACCGACACACUCCGAAGGCAACAGCAUCCUUCAGCCGCUACUGGAGCACCUCCUCCUUCUCGUCUGCCAUCCAUCGGCGUCUUGACCUCUUACCUCGCAGGCAGACUGCCAACCCCGCAUCUCAGCCCCUGAGCAAACCUUAACGGUUCGGUCGUCAUGAACGAUACCCUCGAGCUAGGCGCAGCGUACGACUUCCUCUUUAAGCUGAUCAUCAUCGGCGAUUCCUCCACUGGCAAAUCUACACUCCUACACCAGUUCAUCCACCACGAAUUCGUGCCCAAGAGUCACACGGUUGGAGUGGAGUUCACCUCGCGGGUGCUACUCCUAGGUGCAAGCUCGCCACUGCCUCAGCAGGGGGCCUUUCCUGGCUCUUCUGCCCACCCGGACGGGGACGCAGAUGCUGAUGCUUCUGCCCACCCGGACGGGGACGCAGAUGCUGAUGCAAAUGCGGAAUACGCAUGGAAAGGUCGGGGGAGGGGCGGUCUCGCCACAGGGAUGACCCCUAGUGUCUCGACGACAUCGACUAUUGGAGGCAGUAGCAAGACGAAGCGCGCGAGUGCAGUCAAGCUUCAACUGUGGGAUACGACUGGGCAGGAGAAGUUCCGGAGUGUUACAAGGAACUACUACCGAGGGGCAGCGGGGGCUUUGCUUGUGUAUGAUGUGACAAAACGAUCCACCUUUGAGUCUCUCCCCCGCUGGCUUGCAGACGUCCGUUCUCUCGCGGCAGAAAAGGUGCUGGUCGUCGUAGUGGGCAACAAGACGGAUCUGGUGGGCGGGAGGAAUCGCUCCGGCGCUCAGAUGGGUGGAGAGCAGGCCUCACCGCCUAAGCGUGAGGUGGAGUGGGAGGAGGCUAGACAGUGGGCUGAGAGUGAAGGUCUGCUCUUCGCUGAGACUUCGUCGCUUACAGGGCAGAACAUCGAGUCCCCCUUCACGCUGUGCGCUCGAGGGAUCAUCGAUCUCAUCGAGAAGGGCCUAGUGGCCCCCGAGGAACCCGGCUCAGGCAUCUCCUACGGCGAUCGCCUCCGAAGUCACUCGCGCUCCGCAUCUGAAGCAGGAGGUCUUUCGAGGUUCUCCUUUGCCGACGUGAUCCAAUCUGGCAGCAGCAGUAGUACGCGGCAUGGCGGCUCGAGCGGUGGUGGACUCGUGAAGUUGAAGGAAGCUUUUGGAGUCAGGGAUGGGGGAAAGUGCUGCUGA